AUGCUGCGGAGGCCGGCAGCGCGGUCCGGCCAGGACCCCGGGGAGCCAGCGCCUGAGCCAGGGGUGGAGGAGCUGGGGGAGCAAGAGAUUGGGCGGCUGUGGUCCUCCCAGGCACAAGUCCGGGGGCUGCCGUAUGCCAUGGUGGACAAGCGCUUCAUCCGGCAGCUGCGGGAGCCCCGGGGGGUGAAGACCCCUCGCUGGCAGCGAUGGCGGCGCAGGGGGCAGACAGCGGGCCGGCGCCUAGGGGAGGCAGCGCGGAGGCUGGUCGGGGGCUUCGGCCUCUGGGAAGACGCCCUCUACGAGAUCGGGGGCCUCUUUGGCACCGGAAUCCAGUCCUAUUUCACCUUCCUUCGCUUCCUGCUGCUGCUCAACUUGCUGACCGUGCUCCUGACUGCAGGCUUCGUGCUGCUGCCCCUGGUCUGGCUCCGCCCCCCUGACACAGGCCCCUCCCUUAACUUCACCCUCCAGUGCCCUGGUGGCCUCCAGCCCCAGACUGGUGUUCCCAGAUUCCACAAUCAACUUUGGAAUGUUUUAACCGGCAGGGCCUUCAACACCACCUACCUCUUCUAUGGCGCAUACCGGGCAGGCCCGGAGAGCAGCUCGGCCUACAGCAUCCGCCUGGCCUACCUCCUGAGCCCACUGGCCUGCCUGUUCCUCUGCUUCUGUGGGACUCUGCAGCGGAUGGUAAAGGAGCUGCCACAGAGGCUGUUUCUGGGCCAAGACUACAGGUCACCUGUCAGUGUCAAAGUCUUCUCCUCCUGGGACUUCUGUAUCCGGGGACAGGAAGCAGCCACCAUCAAGAAGCACGAGAUCAGCAACGAGUUCAAGGUGGAGCUGGAGGAAGGGCGUCGAUUCCUGCUGAUGCAGCAGCAGACCCGGACCCAGAGGGCCUGCCACCUGCUCACCUACCUGCGGGUCAAUGUCCUCAUCGGGCUCCUGGUGGUCGGGGCCAUCAGCGCCAUCUUCUGGGCCACCAAGUACUCACAGGACAACAAAGAGGAGUCUCUGUUCGUGCUGCUACAGUACCUGCCCCCGGGGGUCAUCGCCCUGGUCAACUUUGUGGGUCCCCUGCUCUUUGUUUUCCUCAUCCAGCUGGAGAACUACCCUCCCAACACUGAGGUCAACCUCACCCUUAUCUGGUGCGUGGUGCUGAAGCUGGCCAGCCUGGGAAUGUUCUCCUUCUCUCUGGGCCAGACUGUGCUGUGCCUUGGCAGAAACAAGACCAGCUGUGAGUCCUUCGGCUACAACGCCUGUGAUUACCAGUGCUGGGAGAACGCGGUCGGGGAAGAGCUGUACAAGCUGAGCAUCUUCAACUUCCUCCUCACGGUGGCCUUUGCCUUCUUUGUCAGCCUGCCUAGGAGGCUGCUGGUGGAGCGGUUCUCAGGCUCUUUCUGGGUCUGGCUGGACCGGGAAGAGUUCCUGGUGCCCAAGAAUGUCCUGGACAUUGUGGCCGGCCAGACGAUCACCUGGAUGGGCCUCUUCUACUGUCCCCUGCUGCCUCUGCUCAACAGUGUCUUCAUCUUCCUCACCUUCUACAUCAAGAAGUACACCCUGAUGAGGAACUCCAAGGCCUCUCCCCGAAGAUUCCGCGCCUCCAGCUCCACCUUCUUCUUCCAGCUGGUGCUCAUCCUGGGCCUGCUCCUGGCCGUCGUGCCUCUGGGCUAUGUGGUCAGCAGCAUCCACUCCUCCUGGGACUGCGGCCUCUUCGCCAACUACGCGGCCCCCUGGCAGGUGGUCCCAGAGCUGAUGGCCCUCCGGCUCCCGCCCUCUGGCCAGCGUGCCCUCCGCUACCUGGGCUCCCACGCCUUCAGCUUCCCCGUCCUCAUCCUGCUCAGCCUUGUCCUGACCGUCUGCGUCUCCCAGUCCCAGGCCAAUGCGAGGGCCAUCCAGCGGAUCCGGAAGCAACUGGUGUGGCAAGUCCAGGAAAAGUGGCACCUGGUGGAGGACCUGUCGCGGCUGCUGCCGGAACCGGGCUCCGGCGACUCUGUGGGGCCCGAGGCCCUUCACUCCCGAGCUUCGCGCCCGCGAUCCUUCUGCCCUGGAUUCCCGUGCCCCGGCUCCCCGGGCCCCAGGACCCCCAGGCCCGGACCUUGCCUCGAGGAUCCCCCUGGGCUCUUCGGUGACCCGGGCCCCGCGCGUAGAUUCCGCCUUCCCAGCGGCUCAGAGCUGUAGCGUCGACCCCUGCCUCGGGCCCGGAGCCUCCCCGGGGCUCAACCCACCUCCCCCACCAGAGUCCCCCUGGCCCCAAGCUCCUGCCCCUCCCCGUGCCGGACAACACUGCCCCUCUCAGUGGGCCUUCCAGCAGGACGCAGGAGAGCCCCCGGGCAGCAGGAAAAUAUGGUAACUUGUAUUUCUAUUUUUAGCCCGGUCCUGUAAAGUUUCUCUUUUUGUUGGAUGGUUUAUAACGUACAUAAUACAUUAGCAUAGUAACCCACGAAUGCGAUCUAUAAAUACACACCCACCGGAAGUGCUCAGAAA